UUGUGACCUUGACUGGAAAUGACAUGUUAGGGCUAAAUUACACAUUCCAGGUGUACGCUUAUCGCCCCAGGUAUAUACUGUCAGAGUAAAAACAAAAAUGGCGGCAUCCGAAGAACAAAUGAUGUCGUCUGGGGUUGUUGUGUUACAGGAAUUCGUGGAGAUGUUUCAGCUUCCAAAAAUUAGUCAGGUAGUGGGUGGACAAGGGUUAAAAGAUGCCCCGUUCGGUGUGGGAGAGGCGCUAAUGUUGAGGACGCUGGCAGUGGAAAGUGUGGGCUUCAGAUUUUAUGAUGCGGAUGCAGGCUCACGGCGCGAGGUCAGAGUGCCCGUUGACAACAACUUCAAAUUUCAUGUUGUGCAGGACUACAAUUCACCUACUCCAAAGGUUUAUCCGACUGUAGCAGAUUUGUUGGAAGACUGUCCGACAGUUUUCAGGGCGAAUACGGAAGUUAUGACCAAAAAUGGUAGAACAUUGCAAUGUGGGAGUGUAUUGAAAUUUGUUCGGAAAAUACGGUCCAUUAUCGAUAGAAGUCUUUGUUUAGAGUGUAAAGAUUCUGCUGGAACAAAUCAUAGUUUACCAUUGACUUCUCAAGGAAACUUUACGGUUACACACGACCCAUCAUCAUACACUCUACAAGAUAUUAUCUCUCUAGGUGCAGUGGAAAGAACUUUAAGACUUUCUAAUGAAAAUAAGAAAUUUGCUGUCGUCCGGGACAGUCGUAGUACUGAAAAUGACGUCACGAGUCAUUUACCGGUUUACGACAAUGUUCAGACCAAAGAUGCUGCACUGUCACGAAUAACCGGUCUACCUCUUACAUUCAAAGGCAAUAUUUACAUGCAGCGGCCGGAGCUAUUUCUUCUUGCCUCUCCCGCCGAUGAUUUCGAAGUGAGAUGGAAAAUUGCAUUAGAUUCAGGACUACAUUUCACAAUUCCUGAAGAGGAGAAAAAUGUUGACUACGAAGAACCAAUCAAACCAGAAUUAGUGCUAAAACAAUUUGUUGAAGAAUUUGAACAAGAUUUUCCUGUAAUAGCAAGAGUUGGCAGAUGUGAUCAUCUACACGAAAAAUUUCAAAAUUAUUUGACAGAAAACUUAGAGGUGCUUGUUCACCGAGUUGACAAGGUUGAGAAAUUAUUGUGUAGUAUUUCUGAUGAAAAAUUUUGCAUUAGUGAAAGAGUUAAAGGCAGAUUGCGGAAGUCUUUGACGCGGUUUCAGUCACUGUCAGAGCUGAUGUCAAUGGAUUUGACAGAGGAGGAAGUCAAGAUAAAAAUGAUGGAGGACAUAGCAGCCGACGUACCUGUGCAUUUCUCUCUAAAAGCAGGUGAUAUUAUCAUCUUUAAGAAUUUCCAUGUCUUCACAGUGAACGUAAAACUUGGAAAAAAGUCGUACGGGAAAUUUGAAGUUGUUUCUUGUGAAAAAAUUCUUGAAGAUGAAACAAAACAAAAACUGCAGCUACCGUUGGAUCUUGAAGCAGAUUUCAUUAAGCUUCCAAAACUUGGUGAAGAAUCUGGAUUUGACAUUAAUAUGGUUUUCUCGAAAUCUAUCAAUUUACCAUUAACUGUUGAUUUUAUUCCCACGUGUAAUACAGAAAAGUGCUUUCUACCAACCGAUCAAGAUAUGACGAUAGAAAACUUGGUAAUCGAUUCUGUCGCGGUCAUUUCACCAAUGCCUCGUAGAGAAAACGGGCGGGAAUCUGCGCUUAGCGCGCGAUUAAAAUUCUGUCUUUUGCUUCCACUGAGAAGUGACAUAAAUCUAAGAUUAGAGGAGAGGUUGCAAUUUCCACCAAAUUAUUUUAUAUUCCCAAGAAGACACACAUGGAUAGAAGAGGACGUUGAAAAACUGUCGGAGGGUGAAUACGGGUUUUUGACAAAAUAUAACGAUAGUGCGUAUGAGGACUAUUCAUUUCGACAAGCUUUUUCUGAAUGUGAUCUCAAAGGCUAUAAUGAUUCACAAUCUGAAAAAUCGACAAAGAAAAGUAGUAAAAAAUUAAAGAAAAAAGUUCGCUCUGCAACAGAGCUCCAACUAGACAAGAUUGACCUUGAUAAAGUGACCUCUCAAGGUCGAUCGAGAACUGGAAGUGAGAGUGAUCUCGUUACACAUGCUGUCAGACAGGAUAUUGAUGAUGAAAACAUAUACGAGACAUUUGAACCUGGUAAAAGGAGAAAGGAGCGGAGAAAAUCAGAAACAUCACUCAAAAGUCGGAUCAAGAGAAGAGUGUCAAAAAUCUUCUAACAAGCUAGUCUUGAAGGCUCCAAAUAAAAUAUUUAUUUCUAUUUACUCAUUGAUUCCAGAAGUCUGGCAUAUUUGUGGAAUUAUUUUGAUGUACCAACUCACAAAAAUAAAAACAACCGAAACAAAUUA